UGCUUGAUCACGUGACGAUUGUAAACAGCUGUCAGCUGAGACGCUCACAUUUCGCAGCGUGGUCUGCAGUUUGUCAACACUGAGGUUCAACUGCACAGAAGUCUGUUUGAUUUGACGUAAAGACAUUUCCUUCUGACUCGUGCAGUUUCGUUACCGAUCGAUUUAGCCGUUUGUUUGUUUCUGUAUUAAUCACUGCGUUAGUUAAAUAUCCAUGCAGGAGCAGACGGCGGAGGAGCAGCUCCUCCUCUACGCCAAAGAAGGCGGUUGUUCCCUGAUCCAGAAGCUCCUCCAGUCCAGGAUCGACCAGAACAGCAGUGUCAACGUCAACUGCAGAUCCUCACGUAAAAGCAGCUUAGGAUGGACAGCCCUGCACAUGGCCUGUUACUUUGGACACAGAGAAGUAGUGGAGGAGUUACUCAAGGCAGGUGCUGAUGUGAAUGUGCAGAACAGUGUGGGUGACACACCUCUGCACAAGGCAGCCUACACUGGAAGGAAGGAAAUUGUUCUUCUCCUGCUGCGGUACGACGCCUGCGCCAACAUUAUCAAUGGAACAGCUCAGAUCCCCAAAGAUGUCACGGAGGAUGAUGAAAUUAUCACAAUGCUGGAAGCUGCAGAGAGGAGGGAGACGAGGCGGCGCGAGGAGAGGCUCCUGGAAGCAGCCAGAGAGGGAGACGUCUCCAGUCUGUCUAAACUGCUCAGUGGAACGGAAGCUCCAAAUAUUCAUUGCAGGGAUGUGGUCGGAAACACACCUUUACACUGUGCAGCCUAUAGGGGGCAGAAGCUGUGUGUCAUAAAACUCCUCAAGUCUGGUGCCAACCCUGCUGUCAAAAACAACAGUGACCAAACGGCACUGGAGCUGGUUCGUAACGAUGAUCUGAAACGCAUUAUUGCUGCUUAUCUGCACAAGGAUGUGAACGGUGGUGUACAGAAGAUUGAAGGUCCACUUUGGAAGAGCUCACGUUUCCUUGGUUGGAGGUCCAUCUGGGUGGUGCUGGAGGAUGGAACCCUCUCGUGGUAUACCAGGCAGGCUGACGCUGUGGCUGGUGUCAGAAAACAGGGCUGUACAUCUCUGACUCAGGCCUACUGCAUGGUCAAACCGUGGGAUCACUGCUUCUUCACGGUGCGGUGCUCCGACAACAACGUGCAUUCUUUUAAGGUGGCGUCAAAAACAAACUCCUUGUCGACAAGAAAAAAAUGGUUGGAUGCAUUUGAGGCCCAUUCCUCCUUCAGUACUCGUCACUACGUCCAAGAACAGAUUAGCACUGACGACGAUAGGGACAAUGACGCAGUGAGAAACCUGACACAAGCAGUACAGGCGGCCAGCAGAUGCCAGCAGAAAUUGGAAAGUGAAGUGUCAAUAUUUCUGUCCAUGGUGAAGAAUGAGGGGAAUUGCGCCUUGGCCGCACCACUUCUUCUAAAAGCUAAAGAGACCAGUGAUCUUUCCAGUGAAACGUGUGCAGCUGUGACGCACUGCCUUGAGCUGUUGUCAAAACAGGAAGAGGUGUGGAGCCUGCAGUUGGAGCAGGAGGAGGAGAAGAAUAAAGCUCUGACAGAAGCUCUCCAGACUUUGGCAACCGAGCACCAAGAGCUCAGGCAGUCUCUGAGCAGGAGCAGGAGGUCUUCUACCCGCAGUGCCCUCACGGAAUAUGACUUCUACGAUGCUGAGUCAGAUUCCGAGUCAGAGUUGUCCGUGAGCGGCUUCCUGUCUGUGGCCAGUUACUCCUGCGAAGAGGACGAGGGGAGAGACGCCCCCCUUCACAGCAACCGCCGCCAUCCCAGCGCACUCAGGGGGCCUACCGGAAUGUCAGGGGAGUGUAACCAUGGCAACCAACCAGCCCAGCACAAUGGAGUCGAGAAGCACAGAACAUGUCUUCCAGCUCCUAUGUUCUCCAGGAAUGAUGUCAGCAUCUGGAGUAUCCUGAAAAAAUGCAUUGGCAUGGAGUUGUCAAAGAUUGCCAUGCCUGUGGUGUUUAACGAACCUCUGAGCUUCCUGCAGAGGCUGACGGAGUACAUGGAGCACACCUACCUCAUCCAGCAGGCUAAUGCUGCCACUGACUCUGUGGAGAGGAUGAAGUGUGUCGCGGCGUUUGCUGUGUCGGCUGUGGCUUCGCAGUGGGAGAGGACGGGCAAACCGUUUAACCCCCUACUGGGUGAAACCUUUGAGUUCACCAGAGAUGAUUUGGGCUUCAAGUGGAUGUCGGAGCAGGUCAGCCAUCAUCCUCCGGUCAGCGCCUUUCAUGCCGAGGGCCUCAAGGAGGAUUUUGUGUUUCAUGGCUCCAUUUACCCCAAACUGAAGUUCUGGGGAAAGAGCAUCGAAGCAGAGCCCAAGGGAACCAUCACACUGGAGCUUCCUAAGUAUAAUGAAGCCUACACCUGGACUAACCCGACCUGCUGCGUACACAAUAUUAUCGUCGGCCAGCUUUGGAUCGAGCAGUACGGCAACGUGGAAGUGAUCAAUCACAAGACUGGAGAGAGAUGCAACAUGACGUUCAAGCCCUGUGGCCUUUUUGGAAAAGAGCUUCAUAAGGUGGAAGGAUACAUCCUAGAUAAAAGCAAAAAGAAGCUCUGCGCAAUCUAUGGCAAAUGGACUGAAUGUUUGUACACCGUCGACCCAGCUGCAUUUGAUGCCCACAAAAAGUCAGACAAAAAGAGUACAGAGGACAAAAAUGACAGCAAAAGGAAUAGUGUAGAUGAAGAACCAGAGGAGAUGCCACCACCCAGCACCGAGACGGUCCAGGUCAUUCCAGGAAGUGAGCUCAUCUGGAAGAUAACACCCCGUCCAGAGAACUCCCCCAAGUUCUACGCCUUCUCCACAUUUGCCAUGCAGCUGAAUGAGCUGGAAAAAACCAUGGAGGGAGUGGUUCCGUCCACAGACAGUCGCCUCAGACCUGACAUCCGUGCGAUGGAGAACGGCGAUAUAGACUUGGCGAGCGCAGAGAAGAAGAGGCUGGAGGAGAAGCAGAGGAUGGCCCGGAAGAAUCGCAACAAGUCAACAGAAGAGUGGAGAACAAGGUGGUUUCAGCAGGGACACAACCCUCACAACAAAGCUCAAGACUGGAUCUACUUGAAGGGCUACUGGGACAGGAAUUACACUCAGCUGCCUGACAUAUAUUAAGAAGUAGCACGCCCACACAUCAUAAAUCUACUUUUACCAAUGAUAGACACUAGUGGCUGUGGUUAGAACAGCAGGUAGAGAUUGUGAAGAGUUGUCUUUUCAAAAGGGAGUAAAGCACUGAAUAAACUCAGCGGUAUUUAAUCAUUAGUACAUAUUAAUAUACUGUAUAUGCGUGUGUUCCUGUGUGUGUGUGUGCGUGAAAGUACAAUAAAAGCACAAAGGUCUUGCUAAUUCGUUCCUGGUUCUCAACCUUUCAUAAACAUAUAAUAAAAAAAUAAAACUUGAA